UUUUAAUUAUUGAGGAUUUUAUUCGUUUGUAUGAACCAACAUCAUGCACUUUACUCAUUACUCUAAAGGCGGUUACCUUGAGUGUUUUCCGUAAGAUGGAGUAUGGGUACACAGUCUAUCCAGAUGAAUACUUUCCUUCUGCUCAGGAAGAAGAAGAGGAGGAAUGGGAUCGUCAAGCAUAUUUGGAUCCAAUGUGGGAAAUACAACAGAAAAAGACUUUUACAGCAUGGUGCAAUUCAUAUUUGAGAAAAGUGAAAUGCUCAAUUGAAAAUAUUGAGGAAGAUUUCACUGACGGGCUUAAGCUUAUUCAGCUGUUAGAGACUUUAUCUGAGGAGCCGUUACCCAAACCCGAUAGAGGAAAAAUGCGUUUUCACAAACUCGCGAAUGUUAAUAAGGCAUUAGAAUAUAUAGAAAGUAAAGGCGUUCAACUAGUUUCUAUUGGCGCUGAAGAAAUCGUUGAUGGGAAUAUAAAGAUGACUCUUGGGAUGAUAUGGACAAUAAUUUUACGGUUUUGUAUCCAAGAUAUUACCGUCGAAGAAAUGUCAGCUAAAGAAGGUCUCUUAUUGUGGUGCCAGCGCAAGACUGCUCCCUAUAAAAAUGUAAACGUACAAAAUUUUCACAUGAGUUGGAAAGAUGGUUUGGCAUUCUGUGCUCUAAUACAUCGUCAUCGACCAGAUCUGAUUGACUAUUCAAAACUCUCAAAAGACAAUCCAAUACAGAAUUUAAAUUAUGCUUUUGAUGUAGCUGAAAAGCACUUGGAUAUCCCAAGAAUGUUGGAUGCUGAAGACAUGGUAAAUACAGUGAGACCAGAUGAAAGGUCUGUUAUGACUUACGUUUCGGCUUAUUAUCAUGCAUUUGCAGGUGCACAAAAGGCUGAAUCAGCAGCUAAUCAAAUUACGAAAGUUUUAAAAAGUAAUCAAGACAAUGAGAAAUUAAUGCGAGAAUAUGAACAACUUGCAUCGGAUUUAUUGGCGUGGAUUGAACAACAAAUACCAUUUUUAAAAGAUCGAACAACUGAUGGAACCAUAUCUGGAGCUCGUUCAAAAUUAGAUCAUUAUAGAGGUUAUCGAGGCUUUGAAAAACCUCCUAGAUUAGAUGAAAAAACAUUGCUAGAAAAUACAUAUAAUACACUUCAAACAAGAUUACGACUGGCGAAUCGUCCAUCUUUCCUUCCAACUGAAGGACGUAUGAUCGAAGAUAUUGAUUCAGCAUGGCGUCAGUUAGAAAACUAUGAGAAAGGUUUUGAAGAUUGGUUAGUUGCUGAAAUUAAACGACUUGAACAAAUCGAAUAUUUGGCGAAAAAAUUUCGUUUAAAAUGUUUAACUCAUGAAGCAUGGGCAGAUGGAAAAGCAAAUGCACUUUCGUUAGAAGACUAUGAAGGGGCUAGUUUAUCGGCUUUGCGUGCUUUAGCACAAAAACAUGCUUCAUUUGAAGGGGAUUUGGGUGCUCAUCAAAAUCGAGUGGAACGUAUUGUGGCUAUAGCUGAAGAACUGAAUCAAUUGAAUUAUGAUAAAGUUCAGUCCGUGAAUGAACGUACUCAAAAUAUUGUAGAACAAUGGGAUAAUUUGGGACGAUUAUCAGAAAUCCGGAAGCAUAAGAUUCAGGGCAUCUUGGAUUUGCUUAAUCAAAUUGAUCAUUUGCAUUUAUCAAUUGCCAAACGCAUAGCGCCUUUUAAUAAUUGGUUAGAACAAGUGCAUGAAGAUCUUCAAGAUAUGUUUAUUGUGAAUAAAGUUGAAGAUGUAAUGUCUCUUAUUAAUGGACAUGAAAAUUUCAAGAAAACUCUUCCAGCUGCACAAAAAGAAUUGAAUGAUAUAAUCACAGAAGUAGAACAAGUGAAAAAACUGAUUAAAUCACAUAAUUUAUCAUCAGAAUUAUUAAAAAAUCCAUACACCAUGAUUGAUUGCUCUACAUUACAAAAUAGAUGGGAUGCAAUGUAUUCAUUGAUUAGUGGAAGAGAUGAUGCAUUACAUCAAGAACUUAUUAAGCAACAAGAAAAUGAUAAAGUCAAUACUCAAUUCGCUCAAUUAGCUAAUCGGUUUGGACCAUAUUUAGAACAUAAUCUGGAAACAGUACAUUCUAUUAUAACAAAUCAAAAACUAUCACUAGAAGAUCAAUCACAACGCUUAAAUAAAAUUGAGGAAGAUUUAGAAGGAUGGAAAUCAACAAUAACUGAAUUAGAAAAACUCCAUCAAAAACAACAAGAAUUUUUAAUUACACAUAAUCCUCAUACACGAUAUACAAUGGAAACGUUACGUGUUGGAUGGGAACAAUUGAAAACUAAUAUAAAACGCAGUCAAAAUGAAAUUGAAAAUCGUAUAACAGCUAAUGAUUAUCGUGGUGUUACAGAACAACAAAUUGAAGAAUGUCGUAGAUGUUUUAAUCAUUUCGAUAAACAUAGAACACGUCGAUUAGAUCCAUUAGAUUUUAGAGCUUGUCUUGUAUCACUUGGCUUUACAAUACCGAAUAGUUCACAGGGUGAAGCUGAUUUCAUGCGUAUUAUGAAAACUGUUGAUCCACAUUGUACUGGCUAUGUGACAUUUGAUGCGUUCAUGCAAUUUAUGUCACAACAAACAAUGGGAGCUGAUACAGUUGAACAAAUGGUUAAUUCAUUCAGAACUUUAGCAGGUGAUACACCAUACAUUACAACAGAACAAUUGAAACGUGAAUUGGAACCUGAACUAGCUGAUUAUUGUAUUAAUCGUAUGAAAGCAUACAAUGGACCAGGUGUCGCAAAUGGUGGCGCUUUAGAUUAUACCUCAUUUGCAGCAAGUCUAUACGGUGAAUCUGAAUUGUAAGAAAAUUAGUCGGACCAUAUAUCAGCACAGAGAGAUAUGUCAUUUCUAUGUUUUUAAAAAAAAAACAUUUUAUGAGCUGGUAGAGUUUGUAUUUUCAUCAUUCGAAUAUAGAUAGAUUUAGUUAUAUAUAAAUAUAAUUAUAUAUUUGCGUAAAACAUCAAAGUAGUCUAAUUCUAAAACUGAAAUGUGUUAGAAAUCCCUUUUUCUUGAUGAUGUGAAAUAAUUUGCAUGAUUUUGAUGGAAAUUAACAUUCAGUACAUGCACUCGAUUUUCAGAAAUAAAAACCCAUAUCAUUUUAUUUGGCAUUUUCUUCCAUUUGAAAAAUAUAUUGGGUUGUACAUGACAAUCAGGGUAUAUUGAACCAAAUAUAAAUUAACUAAACCCUAAUUCUAUUCUGUCUAUGCAUCCUUAGUCAAAAUAAAAAAAGAUUAUAAUUUCAUAUUUCAGAGUCAGUAAAUGAUAGUUUGUUAAUAAAAAAAAAACUGGCGAAAUUCCUAAGUUUAGUUUUUUUAAGUAUGAAUACACCUUCGACAUGUUUAACAUGAUAACAAUCAUGUCUAAUUACUUUUUUUCAAAUAAAAGAUCAACAUUUCGAUAGUUGGCUUUGUAAAUUCGAUUUGAAUGUGAUUUCAUUUAGCCAACUAUUUGAUUUUAUCAGUAUGAGGUUAUGGUGAUUAUUAAGUUAUUCAUUAAAGUUAUGAAUCGAUCGAUGCUAGACCACCAUUGAAAACCUGGAAGCUAUUGAUUAGGAUAAAAUAUGUGAUUGUCGAUUAGCAAAUUGAAAAUUGUCGAGUUGAAAUUAUCAAUUUAGUUUAAAUAAGUUAUGCAAUACAUAUAUACGCUGUUUUACAACUCUAAAAACUUGACGCUUAAUAUAAAUUAAUAACAUUAGUAUAUAAAAAAGAUAAAUCUUUUUUCUUCUUAUAUAUAUACAAAAUAAGAAUUAUAAAAAAAAGGAAAUUAGAAAUUAAGAGAAAAUUUAUGUAGUCACUAAUAAAGGAAAUGUCCAUAGAUUUAAACGAUUUUCUCUUGGUAACAAUGUUAGUUUGCCUUUUAAAGCUAAAGGAAAUUCUUCAACUAUUGGAUUAGUUUCAUUUUCACCGGAUGAUAUUGUACUACUACCAGUAAAUAAAACUGAUGGUGUCAUUAAAACAGCUUCACUAUCACUUAAAUCUUUCUCAUCACAACUACUACUACUAAUACUACUCUCACUGUCACUGCUGUCUAAUGCUGAUUGAUUAGAUGAAAUAUUUUCAUUCAUAUGAGGGUGUUGAACUUCUAAUGUUGUUUUUAUUGUACGUUGCUUUUUACAUACAUUCUUUAAAGUUGGUUGUUUAAUUCUACGUUGACCUGAGGAAGUAGCUAUAAUAGGAAGGCUAGGAUGUACACUAACACCAUUUGUACUGUCAGAAUGUGCUCGCCAAUUUGAAGAAGAGUAGGUAUGUCCAUUUUCAGAAAAUUGAUCAAUACAUUGAGGUAAAUCGUAUACACAAACAACACCAGUUUGACUGCCAGUAAAUAGAUAACGACCAAUGCUAUAAAUAAAGGAAAAUAAAUUGCAGAUGGAAGAUUUGGAAUGCAUUUAUUCAAACAUCAUGAAUGUAAACAGUUUACAGUAUGGUUAAAACGUUGAUAAUACUUUAAUGUACUAAACAGAAAAAUAUUUUUCCCUAUUUUAACAUCGAUAACGUUUAGUUUUUCUGUAAGCAAGUGAAUAUUAUCAAAUACCAAUCUAUACAUGUAUUCACGUUGAUAGUUACGGAAGAAGCACACCUAUUUUGGUAACUGUUACAGCGGAGUGUUAUCUCCUUAAAAACAAGUAAUUUGACCACUUGAAACUGAAAACGUGAGAAAAUUUGCACUCAAAUUUGAUAUUCAGCACUAGUUAAGCGGCUACAGAUUUUAGAUUGGAAUUGGUGUCUUAGAUACAGUAGUAAUUCAUUAACAGAUAAAAAUCGCAAACUUAACUCAAUACAAUCAUCACUUCGUAAUAGACUUUCAAUGUAUAAAAUCUUAUGUUUUCACUUCAAAUAUUACACAAAACAAAGUUAUGAGUUAUCAGGACGAUCUAGAAUCGAAAUAACUAAAAACUAAUUUUGUGUCAAAAAUAUCCAAGUGACAGUGUUUUAUAAGUAAUCACUACAGCCUAUUUUCGCUCUUUCGAAUGAAUGGCUUCUAAAGUAACUUGAAUUAAACUUUUGUGACAAACAUAUACUCUUAUAUUAAAGAUAGCUUAUUAUUCUUUUACCUAAAUAACAUACAGAUAAUAAGUAGGCAUUAAAAAUUAGACUGGUAAAGAUAAAGCAUUUAUCUAUUAUCAUAGAAUGAUCGAAUAUUUUAACCAGAAUAACAGUUCUGAUAACAUUUACUCUGCCAAAAACAGCAGGAGAACGGAAUAUGGGGAUCUCAACAAAAAAACAUAGCAGACUUACGGUUCUACAUCAAACUGAAAUUUCUGAUGAUUUUCAAUUCGUCGAUGAAGUAUUGUGAUUGGAUUUACUAGAUUUCUUGCAUCCCAAACAAAUAUACGCGAAUCCAUUCGACCACCAACAAAAACAUACCAUGGUGCACCAUUUUUUCCUGCAAAUGUUUUUGUCAACGUCACUUGGGUAACUCCAGAUUGAUGACUAAAUAAACGUGUUAUCAGAUUACCAGGUUCAGAAAAUAUACAUACAGUCCCGUUAUAGGAACCUGUAGCGUAGAUAUUUCGACUAGGAUCAUUCAAAACACCAAUACAUGAUAUUAUACCACCUUGGAGUGGUUUUUCUAUUCAGUAUUAAAAAAAGUUGUAAUAAUUUACAAUAUAAUUUAAGCAAAGAUUAACAUUUAACUAAUAAUGAAAUAAGGUAACAAAUAUUCAGUAAACGCUUGAUUUGUUAGGUAUAUUUUUCAAUUAAUACUGACUAAGAGAGUAACAUUCAAUAGAUGAACUACUUAGUACUCACCAAACGCUACACAUAUUAUCAUCGAAAAAAAUAACAAUGACAAUCUCUAUAUAAAGGUAAUUCAUAAGAUAUCUGUUUAAAUACUUUAUAAAGAAAGGUAUUUUGUUUGUUUGAAUUUAAACUUACAACGACAAAGUAAUAUUUAUGUUCCUAUUCAAAUAUUGAGAUAAUCUGUUGAAAAUUAAUUAUACAGAUAGAAUGUGUUGGAAUUUUUAAAAGUGUUUACUUAAUUAAGAGAAGCUGACUUUUUCAAUGUUCUAAAUUACAUUUAUGAGGUGCUCAAUUUUUCAAGAAAAAAAAUGUCGAUGUUGUAUAAAUGUUCCUUAUGAGCAUUUCUUUCAACCAGUGCUAUUUGAGUCUCAACUAGUUCAGUUUCAUGCACUCAGUUACAAAUACACAGUAGUUAGAAUGAUUACAAAUAUUUAGUGAGAAACUUUUAACGAUAUAUAUAUUAACUAGUGGUAUAUUCUGUUAAACAAGGCUAAAAUUUAUUUAUUCCUUACUUCCAAGUUUUGGUCGCCUGACUGACUCUGUUCCUGGACGAGAAACAUCAAACACUUGAAUGUAUCGGUGAAAUCCAGCGUAUAAACGUUGACCAUUCGAAGAAAAUGAUAAACUGGAAGCGGAAACAACUUCACCCUACGGAGUAAAAAAAAUAAACAGUAACAAUUUUAUUAAACUAUGAACGCUUGGAUCAAAGUAGCUUCAAUCAGCUUAUAAUUUUAAAAUUUUGUAAAAUGCUCAAAAUGUAUUAAUAGAGUUAAUAUCAGCUUGGUGUCAUCGAUGUAAAAGAAAAGAAAACCUAUCGCUUGUAUAUUUACUUGGCAGAUAAUUUCCUGUUUAUACAUUUAAGAUAAGAGCAACUACUAAUA